AUGCAACAGUCGCAGCUUGACCCAUUGCCCACCGACCUGCCCUUCCGGAUCAUUUCCAAGACCAUUGGCCGGGGAGCAUACGCAUCGAUCAAGAAGGCCAUCCCGCAGGACGCAACAACACCAGUCUUCGCCGUCAAGUUCAUCCACAAGGGAUACGCUACCAAACAUGGCCGCGUGUCGUCGAAGCAGCUGUUGAUGGAGGUCUCGCUCCACUCCCACGUCGGACAGCAUCCAAACAUCAUCGAGUGGUUCGCUUCGGGAGAGGACACGAACUGGAGAUGGAUCGCCAUGGAGUUCGCUGACGGUGGCGACCUGUUUGACAAGAUCGAGGCCGACGUGGGCGUCCACGAGAACAUCGCACACGUCUACUUCCUCCAGCUCAUCAGCGGCGUGAGCUUCAUUCACUCAAAGGGCGUGGCGCAUCGCGACUUGAAGCCCGAGAACAUCUUGCUUUCCGAUGCGGGAAACCUCAAGCUCGCUGACUUUGGCAUGGCCACCAUGUUCGAGUACAAGGGCCAGCGCAAGACCAGCUCGACCCUUUGCGGCAGCCCUCCGUACAUCGCCCCUGAGAUCCUCGCCUGCACCAAGGCAGACAAGACCGUGCCGUCCGGCACCAAAUACUCGCCCGACCUGGUCGACAUCUGGUCAUGCGGCGUCAUCCUCUUCGUACUGCUCGUCGGCAACACGCCCUGGGACGAGCCCUCGAACGGCAGCUGGGAAUAUCAAGAGUACGUCCGGACAAACGGCCGCAGCACAGAUGCCCUCUGGAGCAGGCUACCCACCAACGUCCUCUCACUACUCCGCGGCAUGAUGAACGUCGACCCCGCGAAGCGCUUCUCCUUUCCACAGGUCCGCCAGCACCCGUGGUACACCCGCACCAACCCGCACCUGACCUCCGAGGGCCAGGUCUCCGACCCCAUCAAGCUCGCCACCAAGAUGCUCGAGGGCCUGCGCAUCGACUUCAGCCAACAGCCGACGGCAUCGCAAGGAACCUCGUCCAGCCCCAUGGACCUCGACCCGUCCUCCGCCCCGGGCAAGGUCUCCUUCACCCAGCCCGAGACGCCCAUCAACGACGUUGCCUGGGACUGGGAGCGGCCCGCCCUCAAGGCUAUGAACCCCAUCGCCGUGUCCUCGACGCAGCCCAUCUCGCGCAGCGAGUCCGGCGUCGCGAACCGCCGCCUCUUCCUCGAGUCGCUCGGACAGGAGCCCUCCAUGAGCCAGUUCUCGCAGACCCCGGGGGUCCCGCUGACCCUCACGCAGGCGGCGCGCCGCUUCAAGGACAUCGUGCCGUUCGAGUCGCUCACGCGCUUCUUCUCGCACGUGCCGCCCACGCUCAUCGUGCAGAUGCUCACCGACGCGCUGCACCAGCUCAACGUGCCGCUCCCGGCGACCACCCCGAACCUGUACGGCGACCACAUCGCCACGCUGAGGGUGAAGACGCUCGACGAGAGGAGGCAGUCGCUGCACGGCGAGAUCCACAUCGACAAGCACCGGCUGCCGGAGGAGCAGGAGUUGUUGGAUAUCCGGUUCGUCAAGGUCAAGGGCGAUCCGCUCGAGUGGCGACGUUUCUUCAAGAAGAUCGUCGUGCUUUGCAAGGACGGGGUGUAUACACCAGAUUCGUAG